GUCUUUGCCCUUACGCCUCCUAGCCGCGCACAUCUUGAUUUCGGCAUUUUCUCUAGCUUCAUUUCUCAGCUAUGUAAUAGCAGAGGACACACUUUUGUUUUCUUUUAUUUUGUAUUGAACUUGUGCAUUCAAUUUGUAUUUUUUGGUGCAUGUGAUUUUUCUGCCUUCAAAAUCAUUUAUUAUUCUAUAGAGAUGGUUCGUGAUGGGUACGUUGUCUACACCUUGGAAGUAACCUACCUAUCCGCUCUCUCCGGUCGUAAAUCCGUGUGGAGGACCUAUCGUCGUUACAGUCAAUUUGACGACUUACACUCAUGCAUAGUAGAACAAUGUGGAAGGAUACCGUCUUUGAAGUUGCCUAGUAAGAAAUCCUUCAGCAAUAUCAGUCCAGAAUUCAUUGAGAAACGACGCUUAGAGUUGGACGAAUAUCUCAAAGUAAGGUUUCAUUUGAGUGUGCCUUCCACUUCCACCUUAAUUCUCAGAGAUUCAUUCCGAUCUAUAUUGAACAAAAGUAUUAGUAGUGCUGUUCAUAUCAUGCGCGGGAUAAUCGCUUAA